AUGCAGCUCUCCAACAUCGUCGCCGUUGUCGCUCUCCUCGCCACCACCGCUGUCGCCAGCCGUUCUCCUCCCCGCCCACAGCGCCCAUCCCGCCCAGUUGCUCCUGUCUUCCAGAGCAUACAGUGCUCUUCCGGCAGCCCCUUCUGCUGUGCUCCGGAGAGCACCCUCGGCACCACUUGCACUGCCAUGUCCGGCAGCUCCGUCCAGUGCAACAGCCUCAUUGUCUGCUGCAACAACAAUGGCAGCGGUGUAAACUCAAGUCUGCUCUGCUACUCUCCAGCAGCCAGUAAACUUCGUCGACCUGUAAAUGCCCAAUCGACACAAUGGUCGCAGCACAUGACAAGUUGCCUUUCAUUCGAGAUGCCUUCGAUUGACGAUUUUACGAUAUCGAUUACUUCUUCACAUCUUUCGGAGAACGGCUUUGGGCGGUUGAAGCUGGGUCAGCUUGGGCUUACUUGA